AUGUCGGCAACAUUUGACAAAACAUGGAUGUGGCAUCCUUCGUUCCCAGAGCACGAACCCGGCACUGCGGGCUUGUUUCUACAUUUCCGGAAAGAGUUUAUCCUUAACGCAGGAGAAGUCCCAAAGUCAAUGAAGAUACACAUUACUGCCGACACGAAAUACAAGCUCUAUGUAAACCGAAAAUUAGCAUCUUUUGGUCCAGUGAAAGGGGACCACAACAUGUGGUUCUUUGACGAAGUGGACAUUGGACCAUACUUGAUCGAGGGAACGAACCGGAUCGGUGUUCACAUUCUUCGAUUCUUCUUCGCUACGCAGUUCGCCCCCGCUUUCCCUCGCCUACCUAGUGGUGGCUUGAGAAUCACUCUUCCUCAAGCAGCCGAUCCCUGGCCAGAGCGACUCUGUAGCGGACCGCUCUGGGAGACGGCAAUUGACCCCUUCGGUCGUCUACGAAUUGACGAGCCUGAGGACAGUUUUCUACACAUUUACGAAAUACAUCGCAGAGUGGAUGCUGACACUCAACUCCAAUGGGUGCCAGCCAGGGUCCUGGAAUUCAAAAAUUCGACCGGCAACUCGCCUCCAUGGCAUCUUUCUCCACGCCUCAUCCCGAACUACCGUAUUCAGUCGUCCAGUUUCUCUGAUGUACACAACAUUCAAAGUGAUUUAUCCAGCGAAAGCUGGAGAAAGCUUUUGCUAGCUGAUCAGAAGGGCGGGCUGAUGCCUCCUAGUAAGGAAUUACGACUCACUCCAGGCUCUCGGCACUCUUUCGAGCUUGAAGCAGCUCACCAUACAACAGCUUUCCUAAAGGUUCUGUUCAAAAGACCCGAGGACGGUGGGGGCUACGUAAAAAUCACAUAUUCGGAAAGUUACGAAGAACAGCCGGAUCUCUACAAGGGCAUCAGGCAAAAAGCACACCGUUGCGACAGAACAAGGAUGCUGAUAGGCCCACACGAUCUAUAUCACUUCCAGGGUCCAUCAAAAUCCCUUGGCCUGGAAUACUUCAAUGAAGAAACGGAUGAGAUAUUCAUUCCUUUUCAUUUUAGAUCAUUCAGAUUUCUCAAGGUCGAGAUAUGUGUCGAGGCUGCAGAAUUGGCUUUUCGGGGUAUUGAGAUGGCAUUGGCCCAUUAUCCAUUAGAUGUUCGAGCCACCAUCGCAGCCGACAGUCGACCUACCAUCGAAGACCACAGUGGUACUCAAGAUACAUUUUUGAGUCAACUCUGGACCACCAGUAUCCGUACGUUGGUCAACUGCAUGCACGACUGUUAUGAGGAUUGCCCAUUCUACGAACAGCUGCAAUACGCAAUGGAUACCCGAAGCUCGGCUCUCUUUACUUACUGCGUUUCGGGAGACGACGCACUCGCCCGUCAGGCAAUAAUUCAGAUUCACAACUCCUUUCAGCCCAGGAUAGGCCUUACCGCCAGCAGAGCCCCAACUCAUCGGCAGCAGUUCAUUCCGACUUUCUCAUUAUAUUGGAUCUGUAUGCUAUCUGAUCACUACGUCUACUUUGGCGAUAGUGGGUUUCUAAAGCCAUUCUUGCCGGUUGUCGAUGGUAUUCUGGCAUACUUUGAGGCCCGCGUCGAUUCUGAAAUAGGGUUGGUGAGGAUGGAGUUCGGCUCCGGGAGUGGCUUAUGGAAUUUCGUUGACUGGACAGAGGAAUGGAAGCCAUACGGCUAUCCAGAAGCUUGCGAGAGAACGGGCUUCUCAACCUUCAUCAACGAGAUUUAUGUCUUUACCUUGAACUCCACAGCUGAACUCGUGAGCGCUUUGGGGAAAACCUCUCUCGCGAUGGAAUAUCAGAAGCGCGCCAAUCGCAUUAUCGCAGCCUUGCGUGAGUACUGCUUUGACGGCGAAUUUUUCACUGACAGUAUCACCUCUGCGCAGCCGUCAAACACGACUGUGACGCACAGCCAGCAUAGCCAGAUCUGGGCCGUAUUAAGCGGCGCAUUAAGCGGUAGCGAGGCUCAGGCCCUGCUGAGCAAGAGCAUGAAGGAGACAAAUGCCGGAAACUUCGUAAAGGAGUCUAUUGCCAUGUCUUUCUACACACUUCGUGCCCUUGCUGUCGCAGGGGGUGACCUCUAUAAUGAGCAUUUUCAUGCCUUCUGGGAACCGUGGAAGAGCCAGCUGGACCAAGGACUCACUACUUGGGUUGAGGAUAGUGUCGCGCAACGCUCAGAUUGUCACGCCUGGGGAAGCGUACCGCUGUAUGAGUUCCCGGCUGAGGUAGCUGGGGUUCGGCCAGCAGCGCCAGGUUGGAAGGCUAUUGAGAUUAUGCCGAGACUGGGGCUGUACUCAAGUUUUGAGGCUACUGUGCCACUAAGUGUUGUCAAAGGGGUGUCUCUGGGUACUGUACAAGUAUCUUGGGCAAAGAUAUCGAAUAAGGACGAAAUUGAGCUGCGGAUAAGCGGCGAGAUCAAAAUGGAAAAGGCGGUGCCGCUUUCUAUACGGCUACCGCACCAGAACCUCAGUCUCGCAUGGACAGGCUCUAAGAUAUGCCUUACCACCAAAGGCGUGAGCGACUCAGGAAAAUUAGAAAGAUGA